AGGACAUUUUUAUAAUGAGGGAAACAACAAAAUAAAUUUAAUAAUUUACAAAAAAAGUAAAUAAUAGAUAAGUUAUUCAACAUAUUUUUGUGCGUUGCAUAAACAAUAUCUAAUAUGCAAAGGAUAACAAUAAUAUAGUGGCUAAAUGGCCGUUCUGACAAAACGUUAAAAAAAAACAAAUGACAACUUUGCUGAGAAACUUAGGUACAUAAGAGCUCGAAUACAUAUUGACGAAUUUGGCGCAUCGUCGCGGAGUUGACAAACUUUGUUUGAAUCGACACUUUUGCGACAAUGUCCGUCGGCUAUGUUGUCACGUUUGGCGUUUUUGCAGUGCUUUGCUAUUGAUAAUUGAUUUAUGCUCUUUUGAAAUACUACGAUUACGAUUGGGCUGCAUUUUCAUCGUGUCGUAUUUAGAUAAAAUGGACUAAAUCGAAAAACUAUGAAAUAAUAAUAAGUAAACUUAUAAAUUUAAUGCCAUAUAUAGUGCAUAAUAUGAAAUAAAAUAAAUUAAUAGUUUAACUCGCUAAUAGGCCAUGUUGUCAAUUCACCUUUCUGAAGGGAACAUCAGACAAAUUCUUUAGUUUCUGAUUUUUAACAUCGUUGUGGGGAAGCAACUUGUGGGCAACAUGCAAAUGCGAGGAGAUGGAUGGUAGGAUUUUCAGUGGUACAAAUUGUUAAAUUGAAAUUUUGGCUGAUUCUUCAAUUUUACUAAAAUCAUUCACUUCAUUUUUUGCCAUCCUCGCGCAUUUGCGUUAGGAAUUCCACUUGAAAACCAAAUGUGGUUGACCAGGCGCACAGAAAAAAACGCAGUGCAGAGUUAUAAAUGAUCGCCUUCGUUUAUUUUAAUUUUAUUAUAUUUGUUCCCUCAUUAUAUAAAAGUUCUUAAAUUUCUAUUAUUUCUUGUUAUUAUUCUAAUUUUCCUUAAUACGCAUGCCAAAGAACAUUUGCGCAUACAUACAUUUGCCGUUCCCUUAAAAGGUGGUGAAAAUUUGCUUGGUUCCUUUUUAAAGUGGAGUAGCUUAUCAUGAGGGGAAGGUUCCUUUUUGACGUAGUGUAAUUUAAUUUUCGAAUUUGCGCAUUUUCGUUGUGCCCUUCUAAUAAUUUACAUUUUAGCACAGCUAAUAUUUCUCUAUUUAUUAACAUUCUCUGCCACGACAGUCGGUCUACGUAACUGGAGCGGACCUAGAUUUUAUCCGGCCAAGUACUGUCAAAUCGGCAGAAUUCUGUCGCUACAACAAUAUAAACUAUCCUAUCUUUUAAUUUGGAUAAACAAGUAUCUGUAGCAUGUUUAUUUGCUUCAGCGUUUAUAUGCAUUUAACAAUUUUAAAAUUUUUAAUUCCUCCUACGUUAACAUUGACAUUUUUAAUUUUCUCACAGACUAUUAUUUUUGACAGCAGUGUGUUUCAUCGUCAAUUUUCCUUAUCAAUCUUAACGAAAUUUUAGUGAACAGCUGGUAAUUUUUCCAUAGCGCUGCCGCUAUCAAGUUUGGAUCAGAAUUUAGAAUUGAAGCAAUAUUCUUCAUCAACAUAUCCAAGAAAGCAAUACUAACAAAAUCAAGUUUGCAUAUACAUAUAUACAUGCUAGACGUUUUAGAUAGUUCUAGUGUUUACGUAUUAUUAUUUUAAUUUUAUUGCGUAUAAAUUAAUACUUCGUGAUGAGCUUGUGAAAUGAACGCAUUGCGUAACCUCUUCAGCACGAGGACACUAAAUAGUGUAAGGCAACAUGGCCAAAAUGUCCUCUUUAAUAUUGCACAACCAGUUGAUGGUGCACCGGCGGUUGCACCAAUACCCGACUUCGAUGAAGGUAUUGAUAGAGGAGUACGUCAACCGCUGAAAAUACCAAAAUCCAUUCUCGAUGCAACUACUUUUAUUGGUAAAAAGUUUGGUGAAACAACUGCCAACUCCUCUGGCUCGAUUUCACCAGCUACGUUAAAACGUUUGCGUUGCAUGGAGCGCAAGGUUGAGUUAGUUUAUCGCUGUAAACUGUGCAACACACGUAACAGCAAACUGGUGUCUGAAGCUGCAUACAGAAGCGGUGUGGUAAUUCUCCAAUGUGACGGUUGUUCUGUGAACCAUUUAAUAGCCGACCAUUCUGGAUGGUUUGCCAAAACCAAAGGCAAAAGUUUUGACCAAGUGCUAGCGGAACGAGGUGAUCGCGUUAAGGUCGUCAAAGUAAAUGAAAAAGGUGAAUUUAUUUAGCGGCAAGCAACAAGAAAGUAACUUACAAUGAACUUUAAUUUCAUGUAUUGCAAUAAAUUUUAAACACUGCUGAACAAAAUAUCAUAAAUAACAAUUUUGUUAUUAAUUGAACAAAGUUUUUAAAACACAGUAGAUAAAAUAAAAGUCACAUUUUCCUUUGCUUGUGGUACAAUGCUUUAAAUUGAAUUGAGUAUAAGAACAGUGCAACAACUUUGGGUUGCAUCUUUAUUUAUGUAUUUUGUGCAGUGAAUUAACUUAUUGGAAUGUAAUGUAUUAUAAAUAGAAAAGUAAUAAAAAAGAGCAAUAAAAAUAUUAAAGCAAAACAGCGAAAUAUUAGCAAUCAA